AUGGCUUCAGCGAGCGCUUGUUUCUACGGACGUGUGGCCUUGGUAACUGGAGGUGCAAGCGGCAUUGGCCAAGCAGUCUGCAACACCCUGGCCGCCGGCGGGGCCAUCGUGGUCGUUGCUGACAAGCAGCUCGAGGCAGCACGAAAGGUUGCCCUGUCUCUGCCAGUUGGGUCGGCUAUGAUAUUUGCACUUGUACGCAAGCUAUGCGGCAUCCCCUCGUUGGGCUUCGUGGUGGGCGGUGACGCCAAGCACCAGGCCAUGUUUGUCGACGUGGGCGAAUCGGUGUCCGUGGAGCAGCUCUUCGACAACAUCAGGAGUGCGUUCUCCGAGCCGCUGAGCAUAGUCGCCCACUGUGCCGGUAUACUGCGCACGGCACCACUCUGCGAGUGCACGGAUGAGCUCUUUGAUGACGUCAUCAGGGGUACAUUCCUGGUGAAUCGCGCAGCUGGCCGUGAUAUGCGCCGAGCUGGGACGCCACUUGCGCAAGGGGGAGCAGCCAUCGUGAACAUAUCCAGCGUUGCGGCGAAGUCCUGCCCUGCGUCAUCAGCCGCGUACGCCGCCGCGAAGGCCGGCGUCGUUGCACUGACCAAGUCUGCGGCGUCGGAACUUGCGGAGCACGGAAUCCGCUGCAACGCAGUGCUGCCUGGAUGGGUGGAGACUACUCUCAUGGCUCACGCUGACGCAGCCCGCAAGGCUAAAGCCCUAUCGAGCACACCGCUCGGGAGGACCGCCCAGCCAUGCGAGAUAGCCGAAGCCAUCAAGUUCCUCUGCUCGCCGGCUGUGAGCUCCUUCAUCACGGGAGCUACUCUUGAGGUCACCGGAGGAUUCUACACGUGA